CACCUUGCACCUGCAGGUCGCGGUGAUGCUACACUGGUAAGGCAGACGUGUUGCAGACACGUUGCAGACGCGGUGGAUUCUCGCAGAUUCAUGAUGAGUAUCUGUCCCCGGAGUUGGAUCUGUGUCGGAGCGGGUGGAGAAGGAACCUGGACAUGAGAGGAAAGGACUCUUGGCGCGAUCCCACCGCCUCGCCAGUACAUAUAUCGGGUACCGUAUAAAAGGGCAGGUGCAAUCCCGCUCUCAUUUAGUCGUCCCCAGACUCGGCCGCGCCGGGGAGUGAGUAGCCUGUUGAGUGCUGGUUGCCAUUAGCUUGACGGACAGGAAGUGCAACCAUGUGUGACGACGAGACUUGUCCCAUUGUGUGCGACAAUGGCUCCGGCAUGUGCAAGGCUGGCUUCGCCGGAGACGACGCCCCUCGUGCCGUCUUCCCCUCCAUCGUGGGCCGCCCUCGCCAUCAGGGUGUGAUGGUCGGUAUGGGUCAGAAGGACGCCUACGUCGGAGAUGAAGCUCAGGCUAAACGUGGUAUCCUUACCCUCAAAUAUCCUGUUGAACACGGCAUCAUCACCAACUGGGACGACAUGGAGAAGGUUUGGCAUCACACCUUCUAUAACGAACUCCGCAUCGCCCCCGAGGAGUCCCCCACCCUUCUCACGGAGGCUCCUCUCAACCCCAAGGCUAACCGCGAAAAGAUGACUCAAAUCAUGUUUGAAACUUUUGGUAUGCCCGCAAUGUACGUCGCUAUCCAAGCUGUCAUGUCGCUUUAUGCUUCCGGCCGCACCACCGGUAUGGUGUGUGACUCUGGCGAUGGUGUGAGCCAUCACGUCCCGGUCUUCGAAGGCUAUGCCCUCCCUCACGCCAUGCUUCGUCUCGACCUGGCCGGCCGUGACCUGACACUGUACCUGAUGAAGAUCAUGACUGAGCGUGGAUACUCCUUCACCACCAGCGCCGAACGUGAAAUCGUGCGUGACAUCAAGGAGAAGCUUUGUUACAUCGCCCUCGACUUCGAGAACGAAAUGAGUGUCGCUGCCGCUUCCUCCUCCUUGGACAAGUCAUUCGAGCUUCCAGAUGGACAGAUUAUCACAAUCGGUAAUGAGCGGUUCCGUGCCCCUGAGGCCCUGUUCCAGCCAUCCUUCCUCGGCAUGGAAUGCGCUGGAAUCCACGAAACCGUAUACACUGGCAUCAUGAGAUGCGACAUCGACAUUAGGAAGGACCUGUUUGCCAACAUCGUCAUGUCUGGAGGCACCACCAUGUACCCUGGUAUCGCUGACCGCAUGCAAAAGGAACUCGGUAACCUGGCGCCCCCCACCAUCAAGAUCAAGAUCAUUGCUCCUCCUGAGCGUAAAUAUUCCGUCUGGAUCGGCGGUUCCAUCCUGGCCUCUCUGUCCACCUUCCAGGCCAUGUGGGUCACCAAAGAGGAAUAUGACGAGUCCGGCCCCGGCAUCGUCCAUCGCAAAUGUUUCUAAAUGUAUAUAACAUAGGAAUCAAAGCUAUUUUUGUAAAAUAAAAGUUUAAAAUGU